UUUCAACAUUCCUCCGCACAAGAAAUUCUGUUUAAGAUUUGCGAGUGCAGCGUGAAAAACUGUUAUUUUCGUUGAAAAAUGUGCUCAAAGCGUUGAAAAUCCUUUUCUGUGCCUGGAUCAGUAGUUUUCGGUUCUAAGUUAGAUACAGUUCCGAAGUAAUUUGCUGCUGAUAGAUGAAAACAACAUCUGACGGGUAGAGCCUUUCGGAUUCAAGUGUUUCAGACCGUCAUGUUUUGUUAGGUGGCAUUUUUCAACUAUGACCUAAACGUCGUCACACCUAUUCUUUUCGCUUUUAUACUUUUUGUAUUCCAUAACGGGUUGCAACAUAGAUGCAGAAUGUAUCUACGCAAAGCAGAACCCAGAAAAGAAAGAGCAGUGAAUGACUAAUCUUUUCCGUUUUCGGGAAGUGGGAGUUCCUAUUUUCAGAACAUUCGUUCCGAAGCAACAUCAUAAUGGACUCUUGCAGGAGUAAAUAAUUUGGCAAACACGCGAAAUCAAGUGUUGAGUGGCCGGUAAAGUGAGAAUACAAAUUCUAAAUCUUGUGAUCAGAAGUUAUUCUUUAAGAAAUCAGAACUCGAAAUUCCAUUGAUUUUUCAGUAUGCAGUAGUUUGGUUAGUUAUGGCAAAAUGUGUUGCUAACAGAUGGAUCAAAGAUUACCAAGAGCUGUGCUAAAUUAAAACCAAUUAACAAAUUACUUGGGAUAUUACUCAUCUUUUGAACACCCCCACAUGACCCAUUAGUAUCUGCCGUCAUCGUACCAGCAGAAAACAUCUAACAGUAGAACGAUGUGCAUAAAGUAAAAGGGUAUGUAGUGGAACAAAAGAAAUAUGUAUGGAUGGAACGACUUAGUGCUUUAAAUUAAAGAGCGACUGAGUAAAGUGAAUGAAUGAAUGAAUAUCUAGGCUGACGGAUUCGUUUGCAAUUCAGUGAAGCAGCGGAGAAUCCAACACAGUCGCGCAUGUCCUGCUAUAGAUAUUGAUUAUAAGUAAUUUAAAACGGAAAACCUCUGGAUAGCAUCUUAAAGAAUCACAGAUCCAACACUAGUACACUGAGCCGUUCCGUAGACAGGAAGAAUGCCACGCAACGGUGAAGCAUCCGGCUUGGAUAAGGGUUUCAACAGCAAAUCGACCCCCGACUGGCUACAUCCGGACCAUGUCAUUAUGAAUGAAGGUGUCACGUUUGAUGUGCGGUACAUUGGCUGUCUGGAGAUAAGGGCUUCGAUGAAAACGCUAGAUUUCGCAACACGAUCACAGGUGGCAAAAGAGUGCAUCAACCGAGUAUGCGAAGCGGCUAGCUUGAAGUCCUCCAAGAAACGACGUGUAGACAAGCGGGUAUUACAGUGCAUAUCGGACUCACCGCACAUGGAACACGCGGGAACCAAUGUGACACUGACCGUAUCGAGCAAGUACCUUUCACUGGUGAGCGUUGACACCGGAGAUGUGAUCGCCCAGCACGACAUGCCUCGGAUAUCGUUCGCUUCCGGUGGUGACACGGACACGCUGGAUUUUGUGGCUUACGUUGCAAAAGAUAUGGAAGAAUGGCGUGCGUGCUACGUGCUAGAAUGUGGUGGAGGGGUAGCCCAGGAUCUGAUAGCAACGAUUGGUCAAGCGUUCGAGCUGCGAUAUAAAGAAUUUUUCAACAAGCCGGAAACGCAGAACAAAUUCCGAGAGUUUGUCAAAACCGAUAAGGAGUAUUACAACGAUCUACCGGACAAAAUGCCGCCAGAUUUGCUGACUGAGAACGAUCAUUCCUCGCAAUCGCAAAGUUCCUCCAGCGUGAGGACGCGUGAAAGGAUUUCUAGUAACCUGAUAGAUCUGAAUACACCACUCCCCAGUCACGAUUACGUAAACGACAAGCAUUCUAAUACAAAUUCGCACAGCAAUAAGUCGGUAUCUUCCAGUUCUAUAGUGAAGGAUGUUUUUGAUAUGCAACCGUUUGCAAUUUCGUCAGAGAUUCAAAAAUCACAACUGCUUACUGAAUCGUGGUAUCAUGGUAACAUAAGUCGUGCCCAGAGUGAACACUUACUGAAAAGUGAUGGUGACUUCCUAGUACGGGAAUCCGCGGGAACGCCGGGCCAAUAUGUGCUUACCGGGAUGCAGAGCAAUUCUCCCAAGCAUCUGCUACUAAUAGAUCCAGAAGGGAUUGUACGAACCAAAGACCGAAUUUUCGAGAGCAUCAGUCAUCUUAUUAACUAUCACUGGACAAACUCGCUACCGAUUAUAUCCGCUGAAAGUGCGCUUCUUCUGCGGCAUCCGAUUCUGCGGACAACAGAUCUCCUCUCUAAAGCAAAACAUCAGCAACAGCUACAACAACAAUCUCAACAGCAAUCACAUUUGGGGCUUAACUGAGGGUGCGAGUGCCAGUGCUGUUCCCACGGCGGCCAAUCUCCAGAACGCAACGUUCAUCAACAACAACAACAUGGCUGUAGUAGCAGUAGUGGCAGUUACAAACACGGGAAAAAGUAAAAAUUAAUCUUUCUGUUUUGUAUAAAAGAAAAUAAACAUGAACAGAAAAGAAAGAACUGUAAAUCGCAAACUCUAACGAUCCUAUAUUUUCCAUUUACUUACACUCUACUACCGUUGACACAAACAGGCAAGGCAAAUGUUCCAAAAUGUAAGAAAGAAGGAAAUGACCUAGACUGGAGUAAACUUUUAUGGUACAUUCUAAACUGUUCUGAUGCACAUAUGUUGUAAAACAUACAAACGAAUAACAUUUCGAAAAAUACCAAGAGAUUAACAAGAUUAUAUAAUAAAUACAAAGUAUAUUCUACUGCAUGCAGGUGAACAAAAUCAGAAAAUUGAAAAUUAUUAGAAACUAGUAGAUUUCUUCAAUGAAAAGAACAAACAUAAAAUUAAUAAUAUUAAAAAAGGAGAAAAGAAUCACCAUAAUAAAGAUUAUAUAUUGUUAUCAAUUACAGUACUGUUGGUUGAAAUAAGAAAAUUAAACUUACAAAUCCGUAGAGAAAUUUAUUUUUGAUCGUCAUAUUUUAUUACUCUCCUUUUUACCUACAGCAGCACCUUUCUUAUAUAAGAAAGGCGAACAAAUAUACAUACCACAAUCUAUGUGACAAAGUAUUCAAACAACUAUUUCAUUCUUGUAACAGUAACGUUUAUAAAUUCCAACACGCAAAUAGCAAACAAGAAAAUCAAUUCAAAACGCGCACGGAGUUUGAGUUCAGCUGGCUGGAUGAUUCCGUACAUAAUUUGAAGAGUGUGCGCGUGCAUGACAUUGAAUCGUUUACUAUAAAUAAAAAAAACGGUGAUGAUGUGCUGGUGAUAAAAUAAAUUAAACAAAAAAACUUACUCGUUUCCACUUUAGAUACAACCAGUAAUAACACUAAUUAUAAUUUGCAAAUGCAUACAAAAGAAAACAAACCUUACCAGUGAUGAAGAAUGGUCAAAAUACAAUGAGGCCGUUCAUUUAUCAAGUUACUAAUUAUAUGAGACAGGAGAACAAACAGUUGCUGGAAAUAAAUAUUUAAAAUGUA